AUGCCAGACGGCGACCUUGUUCUUAUUGACGGAGGAGGAGAGCUUUACGACUAUUCGUCCGAUAUCACCCGAACAGUCCCCGUGAACGGCACCUUUUCGCCCUCCCAAAAAGCUGUUUAUGACGCCGUAUUGACUGUAAAUCAAGCAAUAAUCGACCAAUGCAGGCCAAGCACCGGACUGUCAUUAUCCGAUCUCCACGCUUUAUCUCUCGAAUAUUUUACUGAACACCUGAAAGUGCUGGGAAUUCUCUCUAAAACUGUCGAAGGAAACUCAGCUCACCACAUCGUUCAAAAAUAUUUUCCUCAUGCGAUUGGCCAUUUUUUGGGCAUGGACGUGCAUGAUACUCCGGACCUUUCGCUUUCUACUAAGCUUGCAGAAGGAAUGAUUAUUACGGUGGAACCUGGUCUCUAUUUUCCUUUGCACGACACCACCAUUCCAAGCAGGCAAUAA